GCACUGAUCUAGGCUUGGAAGCACUGUGGGCCAGGGACCCAGCCGUUCCUGCUUGCCGUUGCAGCUGCUCCUACCUUCGUCCUCGGGGAGGCAGUUCCUCGUCGGCCAGUUUCUGCAGUGUGCCAGCGGCUACUUCCUCAGCCUCCGUCAUGGCCCUGGAGCUCUACCUGGACCUGAUGUCCCAGCCCUGUCGUGCGGUGUACAUCUUCGCCAAGAUGAACCGCAUUCCCUUCCAGCUGCGUACCAUAGAGUUGCUUAAAGGCCAGCACUACACUGAUGACUUUGCCCAGGUGAAUCCUCUGAGGAAGGUGCCAGCUCUGAAGGAUGGAGACUUCGUCUUGGCAGAGAGCGUGGCCAUCUUGCUGUAUUUGAGUAGGAAAUACAAGGCCCCUGAUCACUGGUACCCUCAGGAGCUACAGGCUCGAGCUCGUGUAGAUGAGUAUCUGUCUUGGCAGCACACAGCCCUGCGGAGUUGUUGCACCAGGGCCAUGUGGCAGAAGAUGAUGUUCCCUGUGUUCCUGGGACAGCCGGUACCUCCUGAGAUGUUGGCAUCCACUUUGGCUGAGCUGGAUGGGUGCCUGCAGAUGCUGGAGGACAAAUUCCUGCGGGACCAGGCCUUCCUUACAGGGUCCCAUAUCUCUGUAGCUGACUUGAUGGCCAUCACAGAGCUGAUGCACCCUGUCAGUGCUGGCUGCAAAAUCUUCGAGAGCCGACCCAAAUUGGCCGCGUGGCGUCAGCGUGUGGAAGCUGCGGUAGGGGAGAGCCUCUUCCAGGAGGCCCAUGCAGUUGUUCUGAAGGCUAAAGAUAUGCCACCUCUGAUGGACGCGACCUUGAAGGAGAAGCUGAAGCUCUCGGUCCAGUGCUUGUUGCAUUGAGGAACUAGCCGGAACUGCAAAACCAUCAAGAGAUACGC